CACUCGCAGUCUCUUCAUCAACCACAACGACACUACGGCAACAGGCUAGCGAUUCCGACAGCGAGGCUCUCGACACGACCCAGACAGACUCGACGAGGGACGACGCGCCGACGCCUCGUCCUUUUCCACGCACAGGCUGUGCCCCCCCAUCGCACCAGCAGCAGCGGCCCAUCGCACCCCCCCACACGGCCCCACACCCUCUGCCCCAUCCCCAGUCGACACAACACCUCCCCUCACCACACCACCCGGUAGUAGUCACCCGGAAGCUGCCCAACCUGUCGCCGACAGCAGCAGCGACACCCACCCCGCCGCCCCCAAUGCCCACCGAGGCCGCGCCGCUGUCCGCCGGCGUGGACGGGGGUCCAAACGCCGGCGCGAUGUCGGGGGGCGGCGGCGUCCUCAGCGCCGUUCCCCGGCCGCCGUCGUCGGGCUCGUCGUCGUCCUCGCGCAUGCUGGCCCCGCCCAACAUUAAAUGCUCGCACUGCUGGGCGUUCCCCCUAGACAGGCAGGACGGCAUCGUCAUUGUCGGCCCGGCCGACGUCGCCACCGAGCGCGUGUGCGCCAGGUGCGUUCGGGCACACAAGGAGGACGCGAGUCCGGCUCGACUCGGAACACUCGGACUCCGCCUAGACGACAACAACUACCGCUGGAUCCCGUCCGUCAACCCCGCCGCCGACUGCACCGCGUUCACCGUCUCGGUCAUGGACCUCGCGAGCCUCGCGCCGUCACCACCACCGCCCGUGGCCACCUCGCCAAGUACCCCGCUUUUGCCUUUACCCGACGUCGAUGAACUGGCGCCUCUGCCCCCGACGUCUCCGCUCGGUAUCCCCACGCGCCAAGUAUUGUCGCUUUCCAUUUCGACCUCGCCGUCGCCCCCGCUCCACUCGAAAUCGCUCCCCGCGGCUAGCGCUGCGCCGUGGGCGUCAUUCCGCGCGGGCAAGGAGAAAAAGAGCAAAGAAGUUGCAAACGUCGUGCCCGAGCAAGAGGAAGAGUGCGCCCCCAACCCCCUGCUCGACGUCACGCGCCUGCGCGUUCGCUCGUCGACCUAUGGUUGUCUCUACCCGGGUUCCAAGUUCCAUGGCACCCAGUCGUCGGGUCGCAGCGAGUACGAGGUGGACGUGACGAUUGUCGAUGUGCACCUCGCCGAGUCGACAGUCUGCGGCUAUCUAUCCAUUUCGCACCUUACCGAGACGCACCCGCAGCUCACCACAUACUGGGAGGGAGAGAUAAUCGGCCCUCGUUUUGGCUUCAUCACGGGUACGCGGUUUGGCGCAACGAUGCACGACGACAUGAGGCACUGGGGCAGGUUUGAGCAGUUCCGCCUCGCGUCUACCAGAGCUGCCGUCGUUCGCCCGGAUACCGAGAUGCUCCUCCGCGACCCGCUCCCGGACGCGAGCAAGGGCGAGACCCGUCCGCGCGAGCGCGACUUUGUCUUCCUGCGCAUCAAGGAAAAGUUCCUCGUGCCCGACCACCACGUUCGCGACAUCUCUGGCGCUUCGUUUGCUGGCUUCUACUACGCCAUGAUCGAUCUCUCGCCGACUCUAGAGAUAGACGACUCUAUCCCGACCUCGCCUCUUGUUCCCAAGUCGCCGCUGAUCGGCACGGCCAGGCGCCAGUCGUCGUCUGGCCCUCGCCCCGACCCGCCGCAGCGGCGCACGUCGUCGGCCGGUGUCGCCGACGCGCGCACCGAACCCGCACCUCGCCGACCCUCUGCCACGGGCACUCGCCCCGCUGGUGUCCGCCGCCAGAGCUCGAGCCGGCCCGCUCCCACCCAGAAGGUCGCCACGCUCUCAGGCUACUACUUCCACUCGCUCAACCAAGAACCGUUCCAGCAGCUCUCGCUCCAGCACGUCCCCGAGACGCGCCGCGGCAAGUUUGAGCUGCGUUAACGCCACCCCGUCAACUCAACUGCAUGCGUCGACGACAUUACACGUAACGCCUAGCAUCAUAUCAACAUCGACCACACAUAUCGCCACACAUCUUUUGUCUAUCCCCCUCGGCUACGCGAAUGUACAGGGGCUCUCGGAAUACCCUCACUGCGCGUACGCGCGCGCUCACCCUAAAUGCUUGUGUAAAACGGCCGUCUGUACGGCCACCACCCCACCUCGGUUGUAGUUUGGCCCCCGUUGUCCAGUAUUGAGAUCUCGAUAGGUUGUCCGUGUAUGCAUCACUGGAGCAGGAGCA